AUGGAAACGUCGCAUUCCGGGGGAACCCACUCCGUCCCCGCCGAGUCUCCGCCGUUCAGGUACCUGAAAGCAGUUGAAUGAGACGUCCGGAGGAGUAUCAGGAAGUCAAACAGAGGAGGCUCUACGGAUCGAUGCUUACGCUUCGAGGUUAGCGUCCCCGAUUCUCAGUCUGGUGCGGUUGAUCGGAGACCAGCAGGUGCUUCCGGCGUAGCCCGCCUCGUCUCCGACCCACCUGAUGUCGGGCCCGGCAUCAGAGAAUAUGUUGAUGGAGGGUUGGAGUUGCUUCGUCAUGGCGAACCAGUCCUCGAAGUAG